CCAUGAACACAAAUCUAGUGGUCAUGAAGCAUGACACCAUACAACUGCCCACUAAACCAACCGCCAACCUCAGUUAUAGCUUCCUGCCAGGCAACUCGGCGACCAAUACCCUAGUGGUGUUCUUGAACGGCCUCAUCCUCCCAAGGUCAUCUUGGGAACAGACUAUACUAGCCAUACAAUCCAAGCUACAUGAUACGCAAUUGCCAAGACCACAUCUAUUGGCCUACGAUCGAUAUGGACAAGGCGCUUCGGAUAAGCAUCCGGAUGGUAAACAUGAUGUUCUGGAUGUGGUCCGGGAUCUUCAUACCUUCAUCACAACAUUCUGUGCAAAGGAGUUAGGGGCAAGAAGCCGCCGCNAGUUGGUGUUUGUUUGCAAUUCUAUUGGAUGUGCUAUAGCGAGGCUGUUCGCCGACAGUUAUCCUGGCAUGGUAUCUGGGUUGCUCUUCUUGGAUUCUAUCAUGGCACAUGUUGAUCUAGUGGCUUUGUGGCCUGAUGUAGAUGCCAUUUGGUUCGAUGAAGCUAUGUUACCACAAGAUGUCACGAAAGAGGAGGUGAAGAGUGUAAGGGAGGAGUAUAGAAAGAGGUUCCAUGUUUAUGUGCCGAACUCAGAGGAACUGGACAGAAGCACACUGGCUGAGCUACUUCCACAAGCGGACAGACCGAAGCUGCAAAACGCGUUGCUCACGGUCGUUGGUCACGAUCCCGAGACUUUUGCUCAGGAAAACGAGGCACUGGUCAUGAAGUAUGUUAAUCCAGUGUGGCAUGAAUACAACAAAGAGCUUGCUACAUUGGUAGAAACCGAGAAAAGCAAAGGUCCCAUUCUUGCUAGGGGAUGUGGGCACUUCAUACAAAGAGAUGAUCCUGGAUUUGUUGCUACAGAAUUGUGUGACUUGUUACGGCGUCUUGAGGAGUAUGCG